AUGACGCGAUUUAUACUUUACACAAUUGUCCAUAUCUUCCGUCCAGCUAAGGGAAGUCCUAAAAAGUCUAAGAAACCAGGAAAUGUCAAAGAAACACGAAAAAAAUGUCAAAGUUCCGGCAAGACGAAUUCAACUCCGGCUACAGAGAACACCACAGAAACAAAGUAUAGAAAGCCGAAAACGUCAAGUGUUGCAGAGGGUUCAACAAGUGCUGAGCAAACAGCAGCAGGUUAGUUCAUUGCAAGAUAGUGUUGCAGUUUUACUUACUUCUAAAAUUCUAGUUCCUGGCAUCCAUUUGUUUCUUUUUACAACGAUAUUUGUGUAUGAAGGUUUGUAUAAGAAAAAACAGAUUAUUAGUUUUUGGUGAGUCUGAAUAUUUUAUUAUCCUGUGCUUUAUUUAUUCAACUGCCAUUGAUUUCUUAAUUUAUUUUUCAAAUAGUUUGUCUUACAUGUCAACCCUGCAUGGGGUGGUCCGACUACAAAAAACCGUUGUAACACAAAACCAUUUUAACACAAAACCCUCAUACGCUAGAAGGCCAAGGCCACUUUCGCUCAAAAAUUCCAAAGUAUGUGAGGGUGGCUACAAGGGUCACACUGCAUUUUCAAAGAAGUAAGAGGGGCGGGGGAUAAGGGCUGCAUACUUAUUCAGUCUGCAGAAUCUCACACCCCGUGAAACAACGGUUUACACAUCCGAUGGUACCAAUUGAAGCCAUUACUGUGUACUUCCCAACCCUCCCCCCUCCUACUCAGGAUGUGGUCAAAGGAAUCGGAGAGGUGGGGAGGAGUUGCAUUGGUGAUUAACUCGCAUCCCGAGUGAAGAGAGAAGAAAGCCCAUGAAUUAUGUUUUAAAGCUUGAAAUUUACGGAAAUGGUUGAGUGUGCAAACGGCAAAAUGAAGGGGAAGUGGAGUAUCCGAUGCCAAGAAUACCAGGUAGGUCAUAAUCUUUUUUUCCUAUACUAACAAAUUACCGUAUCAUUCUUUAGACGAGCGCCGUCUGAGAAAACUGAAGGUUUACCUCAAAAGCGUCUCUUAUAACGGUUGCGAGGGGACGAACCUGCCAAACCUGAAUGCUCUGUACCAGGACCAGUUAUUAGUGGACGAAUUCCCGUGCAACGAGCUUUCAAAACCUGUGGAAUUCAAAUGCAACCCUACGCCAUUUGUAAUAGCGAGCUGUUUUAAUAGAGCUCAAGCGACAGACAGCAGCAAGGACAGGGGAAACAAAACCAAAGGGAGGGCACCUAGAAAUCAAUAUGUCACUCCACGGAAGAGAAGUACAAAGAAAUCUGACUUCCCUCCAACAAACUCGCCACUGAAACAUUGUUCACCGUUCAUGUUAUCGCAAAUGAAAACCAUAAGCGCUGCUAUUUCAAACCCAGUAAACAUAAACAUACCCUUCAACGGAAAAGGCCAAAAAAUAGAAAAAAGAAAACCUCAGAGGGAAGAGAAAAAAUCCAAAGAACAAAAGGAAUCAACGGCUAAAUUGGAGCAAAAAGGAAAAGGAAAGGCUAAAAACUAG